AAGUUUAGCUUUCUCCUCCACACCACUAUAUAUAUAUAUAUAUAUCAACUCUUGGUUUUCCUAUCUCACACUUUCAUAUAUAAAACCAUUUUCAUAUAAUCUUUCCUUCAAUCUCACAUAAAAAAAAUAUUACUUCAAAUAUGGCUCCUAUGGAAGAAAAUGUUGUUGUCUCCAAGCUUGAGAAGUUGUUUAGCAUGAAAGGAGGCAAAGGAGAAGCCAGCUAUGCCAACAAUUCCCAAGCACAGGCUAUACAUGCCAAGUCCAUGAUUCACUUUUUGAGAGAAACCCUAGAUAAUGUUAAACUUGUUGGUGGAGAUGGUGACAAGGCUUUUGUGAUUGCUGAUUUGGGGUGUUCAUGUGGAAGCAACACCAUUAAUGUGGUUAAUGUGAUAAUUAAUCACAUCAUUAAGCGUUAUGAAGCUUUAGGUUGCAAUCCACCUGAAUUUUCAGCCUUUUUUUCUGACCUUCCUAGCAAUGACUUCAACACUCUCUUUCAACUCCUUCCUCCACUUGCAACCUAUGGUGUUAGCAUGGAAGAAUGUUUAGCUAAUGACAAUCAAAGAUCCUACUUUGCUGCCGGAGUUCCCGGUUCGUUUUAUCGGAGACUUUUUCCGACCAAGUCCGUUGAUGUUUUUCACUCUGCCUUCUCUUUGCAUUGGUUAUCUAAGAUACCAGAAUCAGUAUUGGACAAAAGGUCAAUUGCAUACAACAAAGGGAAGGUGUUUAUUCAUGGUGCUAGUGAAGCAACAGCCAAUGCCUACAAGAGACAAUUCAAAGCAGAUUUAGCAGGCUUCUUGAGUGCAAGGUCAGUGGAAAUGAAGAGAGAGGGGUCCAUGUUCUUAGUUUGUUUGGGAAGAACUUCAGUGGACCCCACAGAACAAGGUGGGGCUGGUGUUCUUUUUGGGACCCAUUUUCAGGAUGCUUGGGAUGACCUUGUCCUAGAGGGAUUAAUUAGCUCCACAAAAAGAGAUAAUUUCAACAUUCCAGUUUAUGCACCAAGUUUGCAAGAUUUCAAGGAAGUAGUUGAAGAAAAUGGUUCAUUUGUGAUAAACAAGCUUGAGGUAUUCAAAGGAGGAAGUCCCCUUGUUUUGAACAAACCAGAUGAUGCUGAUGAAGUAGGAAGGGCUCUAGCCAAUAGCUGUAGGACUGUAUGUGGAGUCCUUGUUGAUGCUCACAUUGGUGAUAAGCUAAGUGAGGAACUCUUUCUUAGAGUGGAGCGCCGAGCCGCUAAUCGUGCCAAGGAGCUUUUGGAGAAACUUCAGUUCUAUCACAUAGUUGCAUCUCUUUCUUUUUCUCAAUGAGAAAAAGAUAAGUAUGUUACCGUCCACACAGGUACUCGUCCAUCGUGUACUGAUUUCUAAUUUUAUAAUAUAUCAACGACUAUUAGAAGUUGGUGUACGAUGAAUAGAGACUCAGGUGGACCUAUACAUAAUGUCAUAAGAAAAAAGACAAUUGAAGACAACAAAGACUUUUCUAUAAAAUCCCUUUAUUUUUCUUAUGUAUUGAAUUAUCGUAUCUAUAGGAAUCAAAAUACACAAAAGAAAGAUUAAAAACCGAGGUUCACAAUUUCUAGCCUCGUGUUUUUGAACUGGGUCCUCUACAACUGCAGUAUCAUUCUGCAGCUGUUAGAGGAUCCAAAUGACUUGUUUUCUCCCCUCUUUUGUGUAUUGUUUGUGCGUUAUCUAUUGCUGAAUGUAAUUACUUUUUUAGACAUUAUGCUUUUUCUGACUUGUGUUUUCUUGUUUCUGAACUAGUUUUUGCUUUUUCACAAAGAUCAUACAAUAAUGUCAAUAUAUUGUGAAAGUUGUAUGAAUUUUGUAACUUAUUUGUUAUGCCUUUUGUACCAAACAAGCUAUCAUGUUGGAUA